CUAAAGACUCUCGUGAGAUUCCUGUGAAUUUCUUCCAUUUCUGUGUGAUUCUGCAGAAGGGACUUCCUGGUUAUGAUUCACCUGUGCCAAAGUUCUUGAGUUCUAUGUUUGCAAAUGCUACAGCGUCUCUAUGUAUGGGAGAGGCACAUUUACUAAUUAACUAAUGUAUUGAUCACUUAAUUGCACCACGGGGGCAUCCCCCAACACACCACCACCACUGGGAUGCUGUCCACGGAUGGAUUUAUGCGACCAACUGAGCUGAGAGCUCCGGGAGUUGUGGCUCUCUGCUGAACUACUCAGGGCGCCGUGGAGCCCCUACGGAGGGGUUGAAAGUACAUCCAACUUGCCAUAGACGCAGUGUUUGUUAGUUAAUUAUUCACAAGAAAUUCACAAAUUACCGAGAAAAAGGAGGAGAGACAGAGAGAGCGCAAAAAGAAGAAAGUCUGCGCAACACAACUUCAAUUCCAGGAAUUGAGGCAGGCGACGUAGAUUUUUUUAAAACACCUUUUCAAGCACUUUUCACGCCCUUUUCCCCAAAACUUUAACGAAUUUUCACUUCCACUGCCUUCUGGUGUACACUUUUGAUGGUAUUUUUGCGAAUUUUCCAGGAUUUCUCUGAAUUUUCCUCAAUUUUUGUGUGGAAAUUUAUCACUCAACACUGCGAAUUUUGUUUCACUUUGUGGUGUGGUAUGUUUUCGUAGAAUGCAACCAACUUCACUCAAACCAUUCACAAACAGGCGGUUUUGUGAGGUUAUGUUUGAUUUCGAUCACAUGCGUGUUGUCUUGAGUGAGAAACUUUCCUUGAAUUUUCUUUUUUUCUUAACAAUUUAUAAAAUAUUGUAAAGUUAAAGAUGAGCAGCGACAGUGACGCUUCAUCGGGAGAUGAAUUGCCAAGGAAACAAAAGAUGGAUAAGCGAAAGAGGAAGCGCUGUGGCAGUGAUAGCGAAAUUGAGGAAUACAACAAUGAGAGUGAAGUCAAAAUUCCCCGAAUAAAUCCCAUCAGUGUUAUCCGGAACAAAGCACUACGCAAUAAGGAAUUCCAGAAGCUCCAGGCAGAGCGGAAGAAAACGCAGAAGAAGGAGCGAAAGAAGCGUCAACGGGAAGGCGGAGACCGCAACACGGGGCACACCUUGGAAACCCUCAGGGAGGAAGAUGAGACAACGGUGCGCAAUCUGGAGGAUUCGGAGAAUGAGGAACUCCUGCUGGAGAUGCAAAUGGAUGAAGUUAGUAAUUACUACAACAAGGAAAUUGAACCAAAAGUCCUCAUAACCUUCUCAGAUCAUCCCCAUCCGGGAACACGAAUGUUCGGCAAGGAACUCACCCGAGUUAUCCCGAAUUCAAUUACACGCCUCAGGAAUAGGUCAUCUGUGAAGAAGAUCUGCCAGAGCGCCAUCCGGGAGAGCUAUACGGAUGUGUUGAUUAUCAAUGAGAAUCAGAAGAAGGUCAACGGGUUGCUCCACAUUCAUCUCCCGAAUGGACCAACGGCACACUAUCGUGUCAGCAAUGUUGAGCUAACGUCAGAUCUGCGAAGGGACUACCGGGAGAUCAGCAAACAUCGUCCGGAAGUCAUCCUGACGAACUUCACGACACGCCUGGGGCUUUCAAUUGGCCGCCUUUUGGGCUCCUUGUUUCACUUUGAUCCCGAAUUCCGUGGACGACGUGCUGUGACGUUCCACAAUCAGCGUGACUACAUCUUCUUCCGGCAUCACCGGUAUGAGUUCACGAAGGACGGGAAGAGGGCAAAACUCCGAGAAUUGGGACCGAAAUUCACGCUAAAGCUGCGUUCGCUCCAGCAGGGACUUUUUGACAGCAAAUGCGGAGACUACGAUUGGAUUAUUACAAAUAAGCGCCACAUGAUGGAAUCCCGCAGGAGAUUCUUCCUGUAAAAAUAAAUUUCUUCUGCCUUACACCUCAUACCAAUUUAUUCGCAUUGGAUUCCCGAAUAUAAAAGAGAUUCCACCAAAUCUCACAUCAUCGGACACUGAUUCGGGUUGCUGAGCUGCGUUGGAUCAAUGUUUACGUCCAUAAGCUCAGCUGGUGGCUGGCCAAGUUCCUGCAUCUGCAGACGAAGUGUUUUGGUUAAAUAAAUUGCAAUGAAAACCUCAAAA